GCCUCAGGGCCAGACAGAGACACAUGCACGACGAUCUCAGUCCCCCAUCACACCUUUGACGAUCCCACAUGGCCUCCUUGAGUUUUAUCAUGUGUCACAGCGAGCGGCUAGGAGUGGUACUCUGACAGUUACUCCUAGCCCGACUGUGUCACAACCAUCGACAUCAACUACUCCACAUGUUGGGACAUCGGAGCGUGAAGAAAGUAGCUCUGAUUCUGACGAAGAACGUCCCAAAAAAGGAGACCCUCCGAGUUUUGAAUUUUGAUAUGAAUGGUCGUCUCAUAAUUGAGCCAGUUGGAUACACCUUCUAUCCAGGCAAAGCAACAAAAAGAAUUUCAAAGACGAUCAAAGGACUCUAUAGAGGCGCUGUUCCGUCUUGGGGCAAGGUGCCAGUGAAACUGAAGAAGCAGAUGUUUCUCGAGUUUAGGGUAUUUAAUAUUUGUAGUAAAAUACUAUAUAUUGAUUGUUUAUGGGAUAUUCCUUUAAUAUGCUCCCUAAUCAUAUUAAUUUCUUUGCAGACAAAGUGUUCCUGGAAGCCGGAACAUCAUGAUUUAGUAGCGCAAAACUUUGAGAAAAAAGCAGCAAAAAUACUUAAGGAUGAGUUACUUAGAGCUCGUAAUAAUUGCGUGCAGCCUGAUUGGAUUCAAGAUGAAUGGUGGAAGGAUCUGCUGCACUACUGGGCAACUGAUCCGACUUUUUGAAACGAAGUGAAAAUGGGAAGGCCGCUAGAGCCUCAAUGAAAGGUGGAUCGCUGCACACUAGUGGCACCACGAGUCAAGUAGACUUGAUGAAACGGCUGGUAUGUCUCCUUCUUUAGCUUUGUCAAAUGACAUUUCUUAUUCUUGUUGGUUCAAAUUUAUGGAACUGUUUUGGUUCUUUAUUUUUUGGGAUUGUUUUGGUGAUUUUGUUGGAUUGUGUUGGUUCAGUUAUUUGGGACUGUUUUAGUUCAAUUUUGGAAUGGUUUUAGUUAUUUUGUAGAUCU